GUUGAUUGCGUUCUCUUGCUACCUACCGUGAAGAUUCGUUGUUGGAAUAUAUAGAUGAGUUCUAUCAAUUCAAAAUCAAAAAUAUGAGUUCAAUAACAUUGUUUACCUUCACACUUAUUGGCCUACUUGGUCUCGUCUUCGGCAAGGGUGCUGAUGAUCUGAUUGUCAAGUUGAACCAACCACAGAGUUUGAUACGAGGCCAUGCAAUGAAAAGCGAGAAAGGAAACACAUACUACGCUUUCCAAGAUAUUCCCUAUGGUGCGCCUCCAGUAGGAGAAAAAAGAUUCAAGGCACCAGAAUUUCAUGCUGGAUGGGAUGAUGUCCUGAAUGCUACACAGAAUAUCAAGUCCUGCUAUCAAUUUUCGUUUCCAUCUUCAUCCAAACUGGAAGCGAAUCCAGUCAUUGAAACUGAAGACUGCUUGAUCCUCAACGUCUUUACACCAGUGGUUCCUGGAACUGACAAGAAAUUACCAGUAUACUUAUUUAUCCAUGGUGGUGCAUUCAUUGGAGGGAGUGCAAGUAAUUUUGGUCCCAAGUAUUUGAUAGAUGGAGAUAUAAUCGUUGUAACUAUCAACUACCGAUUAGGUCCUUUAGGUUUCCUCUCUACGGAAGACGGAAUUGUAUCUGGAAACAUGGGUUUGAAAGACCAGCACCUAGCUUUGCAAUGGACUCACAAAAAUAUAGAAUUAUUUGGAGGUAACCCAAAUGAUAUAGUGAUAGGUGGUGAGAGUGCUGGUGCAUUCUCUGUUAGCCAUCAGCUCCUCAAUUCAAGAAAUAAAGGUCUUAUCAGUGGGAUAAUUCAAGAAAGUGGUACUGCUAUCAGUGGUACUGCUUUCAGUGCUAAUGGAGUAGAUUCAAGGCCUAGGCAAAAAGCAUUCGCUUUGGGAAGAGCUCUCAACAUAUCUACAGCAGAUGGUGAUACCAGUAGUCUCAUUGAAGCAUUGAGAAACACUCCAAUAGAGAAACUCAUUGCAGCUGCAAAUCAGGUUCCAAGUUCCUAUUCAGUCGGAUUCAUCGGGCAGCCAAUAUGGUCACCUGUUGUGGAGAAUGCCGAAGAUGAACAAGCUUUCACCACUACUCCCAUGCAUCAAGAUUUCAUGGACGGAAAUUUCAAUCAUGUGCCCAGUAUGAUUGGAUUCAAUUCUGAAGAAUCUCUACUUUUCAUGCCUGCAGAGGAAGCGGUGGUUCAAUUUGCUGCACUCAAUGAUGCUGAUCCGAGUUUGCUUGUACAAGAUUUGAUGAAUGUUGAUAACAAGACUCAAGUAGGGACUAAGCUCAAAGGCCUGUAUACAUCAGGACCUUUUUCAAAAGACUUGACAGCAUUCGUAAAGUUUUCAAGUGAUGCAGUUUUCGUUCGAUCCUGCGUUCGUCAGGCAGAGCUCACAUCCCAAUAUGCACCAGUCUAUCUGUAUCAGUUUUCUGCUGGACCCAACAUAUCCCCACAAUAUCCAGGUAUUGCACAUGCUGCCGAAUUGCAGUACCUUUGGGACUUAUCUGAUGGAACUGGAAGUGAUAAAACCAUUCGGGAACUAAUUCUUCCACUGUGGUGGAAUUUCAUCAAAUACAAGAAUCCAACACCUGGGAAUGUUACUACCCAGCAGAAUAUUGAGUGGCCAACAGUUGAUUCGAAUGAUAUAAAAUAUUUCAAUAUAGACGAGACAUUCAGUGUAUCUUCAAAUCCAAGAAAUUACGAAAGUAUGAAAGAAGUUCUAUUGGGCCAUCUCAGAUCACCAUAUCUGGUAUUCUGAACAGUGUUCCAGAUGAUCUCUAAAUAUUACUCCUCAAUCAAUUAAUAAUGACAGUCCUUCGGAUUAUCUGGAUAAAGCUACUCCGAGUGUUGAUAUGGAGUUGAUCUUUCAUUGAUGUUAUUAUUCUGAUAAUAUCCCAAUAAACGAGAAAUAAUAUAUAAUAA